AUGAAAGUCCAGCACACGUCGUGUAUUACUAUUAUACUCCUGGCAUGGUCCUGGGGAACAACGGGUCUUGAACACAAACAGAUGAUGGGCACAAACCAGCUUGCUGAACAUGAUAGUGAUGUACAAUCCAGAAUUGAGCUGAAAAUACCACAGCCGCACACACACCAGCAAAAUAUACAUCUUCUUAGCCCACAGCUUGCAUCGCCUAAUGAGCCGCAAGAACGAUUUGACAAUCAGACUGUGAAUAUAACAGUGGCCCUAAAAGAAGCAUCUUAUAAUGUGACCUUGUAUCAGGUACAAUUGAGACAGCUUUGGAGUCUUCGGAAAUUAAAGAUACAAGGGCAGUAUGCCUAUAUAAGUAUUGUGUUUUUGAUCUGCUUGACGCUGGCGGGACUCCAGUGUAUGGGAGGACUGGGUAGACGACACAGAAGGUCAUCUUCAGUGCCUAUGGGUGAUGAUGCUCACUUUGUCACUAUUAAAGAGCUCCUGUCGAUUAAAGCCAAAUACCUGCCGAUUUGUCAUCAAAACUGUGAGCUCAAGGAAGUUUUGGUUCAUGACUGCGGCAAUGACCCCUGA